CGUGGCGGAGGUGGAGUCGGGCAGGGAAACUGGCAGAAAAUGUCACCUGGAAAAGUUCUGCAACCUGCAGUGAAAAUGAAGGUGGAUGAACUCUUUUUGUGCUGGUUGAGUCAGCCUGCCACUCAGCUAAUACUAAAGGACUGCUUGAGAAGAAUCAAGAAUAAGGAGAAAACAGAGUUUGGUAACACAGAUUCAGGAAACAGUAAAAAUAAGAGCUUCACCAGUAAAAAUUCUAAUUCCAAGCAGUGCAUAUUAGGAGAUACCAGAUUGCCUUUGUUGUCUUUGAGUCCUCCUCAGCUUUCUACUACUCUUCCAUUGGCGACUCCAGCUAGCUCAAGGAACAUUUCUAAUGUUAGAGCAACACGUCGAUCCUCAGGGACCAAAGAAGUUCAAACAAAGAAGGAAGAAACUUUGCCACCACCACAUAGUCAAAACAUUCCAACUUUUUACUUUCCUCGAGGAUGUCCUAAGGAAAAAGUAAAUAUAGAUGCUGUGAUUGCCAAAAUUGAGAAAACAUUUUCUGAAUUUCCAAAUGAGAGGGCAACGUUAGAAGACAUGGGUAAGGUUGCAAAGGCUUGUGAAUGCCCACUGUACUGGAAAGGUCCUUUGUUUUAUUGUGCUGGAGGUGAACGAACAGGAUACGUGUCAGUUCAUAAAUUUGUUGCAAUGUGGCGGAAAGUACUUCAGACCUGCUAUGAUGAUGCUGCGAAGUUUGUUCAUCUUCUGAUGAACCCUGGAUGUAAUUACUUGGUGCAAGAAGACUUCAUUCCUUUUUUACAAGAUGUGGUGAAUAGUCAUCCCGGCCUUUUAUUUUUAAAAGAAGCAUCUGAGUUCCAUUCUCGGUAUAUUACAACAGUCAUACAGAGAAUAUUUUAUACAGUAAAUAGGUCCUGGUCUGGGAAAAUAACUUGUAAUGAGCUCAGGAAAAGCAACUUUUUGCAGAAUGUGGCAUUAUUGGAAGAGGAAGCUGAUAUUAACCAGCUGACAGAGUACUUCUCAUAUGAACAUUUUUAUGUUAUCUAUUGCAAAUUUUGGGAGCUGGACACAGACCAUGACCUCUAUAUUGAUCGGAAGGAUUUAGCUCGACAUAAUGAUUAUGCAAUUUCAAAUAGGAUGAUAGAGCGCAUCUUCUCAGGAGCAGUAACAAGAGGUAGAAAAGCACAAAAAGAUGGGAAGAUUAGCUAUGCUGAUUUUGUCUGGUUUUUGAUAUCUGAAGAGGACAAGAAAACACCAACUAGCAUUGAAUACUGGUUCCGCUGCAUGGAUCUUGAUGGGGAUGGUGCUUUGUCUAUGUAUGAAUUGGAAUAUUUUUAUGAAGAACAGUGCCAAAAAUUAGAGAACAUGGCCAUAGAACCUUUGCCUUUUGAAGACUGUCUGUGCCAGAUGCUGGAUCUUGUAAAGCCACAACAUGAAGGAAAAAUUACUCUGCAUGAUUUAAAGCAAUGUAAGCUGACAAAUGUGUUCUUUGAUACUUUUUUCAACAUUGAAAAAUACCUUGACCAUGAACAGAAGGAUCAGUUCUCUAUGUUGCGGGAUGGUGAAGGUGAAAGUCAAGAGGUCUCUGACUGGGAGAAAUAUGCUGCUGAAGAGUAUGAUAUCUUGGUAGCAGAAGAGGCAGCAAGUGAGCAGUGGAACGACGGGUAUGAAGCAGAACUGAGUCCUGUAGACCAUCAGAAGGCCAGUGUUCUAAAGUAUCAAAUGGAGAAAAGACCAUUUUUUGAAAUGCCUUCCCAUCUGGCUGAUGUAGACUUGGAUGAAUAUGGCUAUGAUGAGGAUUUUGAAUAGAGGUUACUUAUGGUCAGCCCUUGCAGAAGAGAAGGGACAGUCUGCAGCAGGUCUGCUACACACUGACACGUUUCAGUGGGGUUUCUUUCCCUACUGAAAUGUAUCAGUGGGAAAAGAAACACUUUCUUUAGUUUUGUGCUAAAAAUAUCUAAUCACUACACUACCUUGUAAGCAAAAGAAAUGCAUUUAUAUGGAAUGAUGAGAUUUUUGUAUUUAUUCAAUAGUUUAUUGUUUGUAAAAUAGAUUAAAAUAUUUAUUUUCAGAUGUUGCAUAAUUCCUUUUUGGAAGAAUAACAAUAUUUGACUUAAGAGAAAAGUAAUCUACUGUUUUUAUGAGAGCUGUAUAAUUCUCUUUAAGCUGAUGUGUAGUGCACUGACCAUCUCCAUCUCACCUGUGAACAGGUAUUUCUGUCCUGGUAUGGGAGGUAAGGAGACAAUUUACACCUGCAGUGUGCUUGUGCUCAUAGACAGCCCUCUUUUAGGUUUUAUGCCUUGGCAAGAAAGAGAUGUGACAAUGAGUGCACAGUUCAGCACUCAUUUACAAGCAGAGUUUUGUCUGACAGGCUGUGCAUAUUAGUAGAAUACACUAAAGUGAACACCCAAGACAAGUUGUUUUUCUUUUCUGUGUAGUCCAUGUUUGCCCCAACCUUAAUUUUGCCCUUUUAAGCUUGAGUUUCUUUGUUGAUGUUAAUCAUAAAAAGAUUAUUUAACAGUGAAGUCUGAGUGUUCAUACUUGAUCCAAAAUGGGGGUGUUAAUUCAUGCAGAAGGAACCAAUUUUUUUUUUAAAAUCCUUUGUAUAAGUGUUACUUGAUCAGUGAUGUGCACUAAUUUGUUGUGGGCAUUCAGUGCUUUUGUCUGUCCUCCCCUUUGCUUGUUUGCUAUUGACACAUUCCAUGGAUAUUCAUCAGUGUCACAGCAGCCUGAAAUUGUUGCCUCACUCUUAACUGUUAAACAGGUUUUGUUGGGAAAAAAUGUACAAAAAGAUGUAAGUUAUUUUUUUGGUUGCAGUGUAGAUCUUUUAAAAUGUUUAGAAAACAUGUUUGUAUUUUCAAAUAAAGAUUUUCAUACAUGUAAUAUAACAGAUGUAAUUUUUACAUACCUCACACAAUUCAUGUCUUGCUAAUAAAGAGCCAUUCACCACA